AUGAGUGAUCAGAAUUGGAAGAAUAUCUCAGAUGAAUUAAGACGUAGAGCGCAACAAGCUCGUGGAGGAUCAAGAGGUCCAAGAAUGGGUGGUGGAAAAUCACCUUUUGGAAUUUUAGGUGGAGUUGGUGGAUUAGUUUUAUUGGGAGGUGCUACUAUCUUAAUACAAAAUGCAUUAUUCAACGUUGAUGGUGGUCAAAGAGCAAUUGUCUACUCACGUAUAAAUGGUGUUCAAUCAAGAAUUUAUCCUGAAGGUACCCAUUUUGUCAUUCCUUGGUUCCAAAGACCAAUUAUCUAUGAUGUUAGAGCUAAACCAAGAGAAAUUGCUUCAUUGACCGGUACUAAGGAUUUACAAAUGGUUAAUAUCACUUGUAGAGUUUUAUUCAAGCCAGAUACUUUCCAAUUACCUGCAAUUUUUAGAACUUUGGGUACUGAUUAUGAUGAAAAAGUUCUUCCAUCAAUUGUUAAUGAAGUUUUAAAAUCAGUUGUUGCUCAAUUCAAUGCAUCUCAAUUAAUCACUCAAAGAGAAAAGGUUUCUCGUUUAGUUAAAGAAAACUUAGUUCGUCGUGCUGCUAAAUUCAACGUCUUAUUAGAUGAUGUUUCUUUGACUUAUAUGACUUUCUCUCCUGAAUUCAGUGCUGCUGUUGAAGCUAAACAAAUUGCUCAACAAGAUGCCCAAAGAGCUGCAUUUAUUGUUGAUAAAGCUAUUCAAGAAAAACAGCAAUUAGUUGUUAAAGCUUCUGGUGAAGCCAAAUCUGCUGAAUUGAUUGGUGAAGCCAUUAAGAAAUCGAGAGAUUAUGUUGAAUUAAAGAGAUUGGAUACUGCUAAAGAAAUCGCAUCCAUCUUAGCUUCAUCUCCUAAUAGAAUUGUUUUGGAUAAUGAUGCAUUAUUAUUGAACACUGUUACUGAUAGUCGUAAGUAA